AUGAUUACAGAGUUGGUAAAUACCCGUCAAGAGGAUUCAAGUAACUGGUGCACAAAACUCACUCCAUCGAAACACGAGAAAGUUCAAGAAAUUGCUCAUGCUCUUGGCCUUAAGGUUUUGUUCUCAUCUGAUACCCUGUUUGAGGUUCACGACGAUGUCAACCAUGUUGUGGAUCUUAAUAAAUUAGAAUAUACUUGCUUGGGGUGGAAAACUACCGGUCUACCUUGCCGCCAUGCUAUUGCUGUAUUCAAUUCCACUCGGAGGACUGUAUAUGAUUACUGCUCAAAAUAUUUCACAGUAGAUAGUUAUCGAUCAACGUACUCUGAGUCCAUAAAUCCUGUGCCUUGUGGAAAGUCUGCUGAAGAAGAAGAGGAAGAAGGGACUGAGUCAGACAAUGUGCAUGUGCUUCCUCCUUGUCCAUCCAGAUCACCGAAUCAACCCAAGACAAAGAGGCGAAAAAGGAAGGACCGGCGAAAAGGGUAG